CUGAAUUGUUAUUAUUCAGGAGCACGCGGUCUUCGAGGAGCUGCUGGACUGGCCGGGAUCCCAGGACGAAGCGGAAAUCCAGGAUCACCAGGUGCCAUGGGAGCUGAAGGACCACCGGGAGCAGAUGGUGAGCUUGGACCUGCUGGAGUUCCGGGAAUGGAUGGAAUAAAGGGAAAAGGAAAACGUGGUGCUAAGGGAACCCAAGGUCAUGUGGGUGAAAUGGGUGAGAGAGGCGAUCGUGGAGAAGAUGGAAAGGAUGGUGACGCUGGAGCGGCUGGUACCUCUGGACCCCGAGGUGAACCGGGUAGACCUGGUUUGAAUGGUGAACCUGGUGCUCCUGGAGCUGAAGGUGAACCUGGUGGGUGA